UAUAAUGGCAUGGUUACAAUUUUCCCAAAAUUCAAUGGUUCGGAAAGAAAAAAAAAAUUCGAAGCGAAGCCUCGAAAUCAAACGCGGCGAGUGAGUCGCCGCCGCCUCACUUCCCCUCCUCGGCCUCGUCGGCGGCUGCCAUGCGCUUCCCACUGCGCCGCCUCCUCAUCCGCCGCGUCGAGCUCACGCCGCCGCCACGGCCAUGCUGCCUUCGCACCACCACCUUCUCCACCACGGCCGCCGCCGCCUCCCCCGACCGCCGCCUCCUCGCCGUGCUCCGCGGCUGCGUCUCCCCGUCGCACCUCUCGCUCGGACUGCAGGUGCACGGGCGCGCCGUCACCGCGGGGCUCCACGCCACCGACACGGCGCUCCAGACCCGCCUCGUCGGCAUGUACGUCCUCGCGCGCCGCUUCCGCGACGCCGUCGCGGUGUUCUCCUCGCUGCCACGGGGCGCCGCCGCUUGCGCGCUCCCGUGGAACUGGCUCAUCCGCGGGCUCACCAUGGCGGGGGACUACCGCUCCGCGCUCCUCUUCUACCUCAAGAUGUGGGCGCACCCCUCCGCGCCGCUCCCGGACAGCCACACCUUCCCCUACGUCGUCAAGUCCUGCGCCGCGCUUGGCGCGAUCGCUCUCGGCCGCCUCGUGCACCGCACCGCGCGGACGCUCGGGCUCGACGGCGACAUGUUCGUCGGCAGCGCGCUGAUCAAAAUGUACGCCAAUGGCGGCCUCCUCUGGGACGCGCGGCAGGUGUUCGACGGAAUGGCGGAGCGGGAUUGUGUCCUGUGGAAUGUGAUGAUGGACGGGUAUGUGAAAGCUGGGAGCGUGUCGAGCGCGGUGGAGCUAUUCGGGGACAUGAGAGCGAGCGGUUGCGAACCCAAUUUCGCAACCUUGGCAUGCUUUCUAUCUGUUUCUGCCACAGAGAGUGACUUGUUCUUUGGGGUGCAGCUCCACACGCUUGCUGUGAAGUAUGGGUUAGAAUCUGAGGUGGCGGUGGCGAACACACUGGUGUCUAUGUAUGCCAAAUGCAAAUGCCUGGAUGAUGGCUGGAAGUUGUUUGGCCUGAUGCCGCGUGAUGACUUGGUGACCUGGAACGGGAUGAUAUCCGGAUGUGUGCAAAAUGGUUUUGUUGAUCAGGCAUUGCUUUUGUUUUGUGAUAUGCAGAAGAGUGGUAUUCGACCGGAUUCAGUUACACUGGUGAGCUUGCUACCAGCUUUGACUGACUUGAAUGGUUUCAAUCAGGGGAAGGAGCUUCAUGGUUAUAUUGUCAGAAACUGUGUGCACAUGGAUGUAUUCUUGGUUAGUGCUUUGGUGGAUAUCUAUUUCAAGUGCAGAGCAGUGAGGAUGGCACAAAGUGUCUAUGAUUCUUCUAAAGCCAUUGAUGUGGUUAUCGGCAGCACUAUGAUUUCUGGUUAUGUUCUAAAUGGGAUGAGUCAAGAGGCAGUGAAAAUGUUCCGAUAUUUGUUGGAACAAGGCAUCAGACCAAAUGCUGUAGCGAUUGCUAGUGUGUUGCCGGCCUGUGCUAGCAUGGCAGCUAUGAAGCUUGGUCAGGAACUCCAUAGUUAUGCUCUGAAAAAUGCAUAUGAAGGAAGGUGUUAUGUGGAGAGUGCACUAAUGGACAUGUAUGCUAAAUGUGGCAGGCUUGACCUGAGCCAUUAUAUUUUCUCUAAGAUAUCUGCUAAGGACGAAGUGACAUGGAACUCAAUGAUUUCAAGCUUUGCACAAAAUGGGGAACCAGAAGAAGCCCUUAACCUUUUCCGUGAAAUGUGUAUGGAAGGAGUAAAGUACAGUAAUGUGACCAUAUCUUCUGUGCUAUCAGCUUGUGCAAGCUUACCAGCUAUAUAUUACGGAAAGGAGAUUCAUGGUGUCGUCAUAAAGGGCCCCAUAAGAGCAGACUUGUUUGCUGAGAGUGCUCUUAUAGAUAUGUAUGGCAAAUGUGGUAACUUAGAAUGGGCUCAUCGUGUUUUUGAGUCCAUGCCUGAGAAAAAUGAAGUCUCAUGGAAUAGCAUAAUUGCUUCCUAUGGGGCUUAUGGCCUUGUUAAGGAGUCAGUAAGUUUAUUACGCCAUAUGCAAGAGGAGGGAUUCAAGGCAGAUCAUGUAACGUUCCUCGCUUUGGUUUCUGCUUGUGCUCAUGCUGGACAAGUUCAGGAAGGAUUGCGACUUUUCCGAUGUAUGACCGAGGAAUAUCAGAUUGCACCUCGAAUGGAGCAUUUUGCUUGCAUGGUUGACCUAUAUAGUCGGGCAGGGAAGUUGGAUAAAGCUAUGGAAUUGAUUGUUGAUAUGCCUUUCAAGCCAGAUGCUGGUAUUUGGGGUGCUCUUCUCCAUGCUUGCCGUGUGCAUCGCAAUGUCGAACUUGCAGAGAUUGCUUCACAGGAAUUAUUUAAGUUGGAUCCUCAUAAUUCUGGUUAUUAUGUGCUCAUGUCCAAUAUCAAUGCAGUUGCUGGACGAUGGGAUGGUGUAUCAAAAGUGAGAAGGUUAAUGAAGGAUACGAAAGUCCAAAAGAUACCUGGUUACAGCUGGGUAGAUGUAAAUAACACCAGCCAUUUAUUUGUUGCAGCAGAUAAAAGCCACCCUGAUUCUGAAGAUAUUUACAUGUCCUUGAAGAGUAUUCUUCUAGAAUUAAGAGAGGAAGGUUACAUUCCCAUGCCAGAUUUAUGUUGUCCCACGCACCUGGACAGCAGCACACAGGUUCAGCAACAAUAACUCUGCAACUUGUUUGAUUGUGCACUUUCAUACUUCAAACCUUUUGAACUGCUGUGUCAAUAAUGUCUAAACAUGUUCUGAAGAUACUAUGUUAUGGAUCUACAUACUAACUAGCCUCUGUUGAAAAGCCAUCACUGCUCUGCUAGCAUCAUUGUAGUACCAGAUUGUCUAUCCAUUAAUAGCAUGCAACAUCAGAAUGUAGGGUCACUUGGGCAAUUGAAGUUUAGAUUGGCUAAAUCAGAAUGGCAUUCUUGAAUCUCGACAAAUAUAUGAUGCCCCUAUGCUAUUGUGCAUUUUCUGUCAAGGAAUUAUCAAAAGCUAUUUCUAUCUGAUUCAGUAAUGUCGUAACAUUGCCUGGUUCAGGAAUUCAUUUAUUUUGUUGUUUCUUAUGUGUGCGUUAAUGAAAAGUUUGGUAAGAGUUGCCAGUCUAGAGUUAAGAUUUUACUGCUAAUGUCUUUAUCUUCUUGCAGGUCAUGGGGAUUUGAUUGCGAUGUUGUCCAACACUGCAAGCUGAUCUUCUGCUGAUGAUUAAUUGAGAACCAUUAUAUCAUUAUCAUACAAACUUUUGUUUGUGACCAAAUGAUCUUCUUAUGCAGCUUAUUCAAUAUCUUCAUCUGAAAAAGUGGGCUGUUCAUAUCAUGACAAUUAAAAUCUUCUGCGUUUCAACCUUCUCCUUGUUGUUCAGGAGGGUUCAUAUAAUACCAAAUUUAAAAUCUUCUGCAUGAUUCAAAUGUUUUUUGUGUACCAACAUGGUUAGCCUUAUUCUCUUACGGUACUCAAUCUGCCAAUCAUGAGAAUUUCAGUUUUGCUGGUUUAGUGUAUGUGCCUUUCAAUCUUUCAAUUUUUUACAGUAACUGAGCAGUGAACUGUGCCAAACUAGAUCUGAGAAAUAUCUAUAUGAUACCUAGAAUCAGUACAAAAUCCAAAAUAAGUGCAGCUACACCUAGGCUUGGUUGAAUUUAUAGAAGCUUCUUGAUGUGAGCCCCUUAAUGAUUUCUGUAGGUGUUAUCCUGCAUAAAUAAAUCCAGAAGCAUAUUGCCUUGUCUUAUUUGUGAAAAGUUGUUCCAUUUUGCCACUGGCGUGAGUUUUUUUUUUCAUGACAUUUCUUGGUUAAAUUAUGUGUGUUCUUGUUCCAUCAAGGCCCUACUAUCCAACCUUUAUCUCGUGUGUAAUCUAAGUGAACAUCAGGCUGCAGGAUGAGAGGGUCAUGAAAACAACAUCGGCGUCAAAGCUUGGCAAGUUAAUGCACCAUCGUUUCCUAGAAAGUAUUUCAUUGAAUAAGGCUUGAGUUGUAUUAUAUGGUGCUAAUAAUAAUUUGGAACUUUCACAUCAAUGAAGUCCAGCUUUUGAACUGAUCAAAAGGGCUUUGCACAUGAACAGAGGGCUCCUUGAUUGCUAACUUGGAGAUAUCUAAUCUUUUGGAAGCUUCUCACGCUGUAUGCGUGCAAGGCUCUGAGGAUUUCUGAUUGCAUCCAGCAUCCUGUCCAAGAAUUCAAUGAACUGGCGAUCUUCAUGAGCAACCUGAGGAUCUGAAAACCUAUCGAAGCGAUACUGAUCCUGCACGUUCCAUUACAACCAUAAAGCUUCAAAAAACAGAGGAACUCCAGCACUAAGCAAUAGAUACAUCGUGGGGAUAUCAUAUACUACAUAAGUACGUCUUAAAUCACAGAAAACUGAUCACUCCAGUACCAGAAGGUGGCUUACACUUUUCACCAAGACUGGAAUUGAACCUUCGAUGCCUUUCACAUAUUUUUCAUGGCCAAUGAUGAAGGCAAGUUUAUCAGCUGAUUUAACAAUACCCUAUGGAGGCAUUUUCACAUGACAAUGUGGAAAAGAAGAGAACAGAUUACACCAAGGUUGUCUCGAUGAGCAACUAAAUGAAUCUCAUUUCUGAUGAGCUUUUUGAAUACCUUCUCCACCAUGAAAGAAGGCUCUCCGCUCUCCGUUUUCCGACGGCCAAUGACAGCGGUCAUUGUGUCCUCUUCAAUUAUAUCAGCAUCAGUGAAAGCAAAGUCAAUCUAUAUGUCAGUAAACACCGUUUCAGCAGUUCACCCACUUUCUCCCAUUGUCAGCAAGAUUUACAAUGGUGAAAGAAAUCAACAUACUUGGGUGCCUUCCUCGUAGCUGCUGACCUGUAUCCCUGCUUUCACUGCCUCACUUGCACUGAUCGUGGACCUGGCUGAUCAACCCCAAGAAUGGAUUAGAUGCAACUGACAAAGCAUGUCAUCCAAGGAAAUUCAGGUCAGGAGCUCAUGCGUCCACUCUUGAAACAAUGAGUGAUCCAAAAAGAAGUUAGCUUCAGCAACCAGAACUUACGAGGGUAUUCCAAGGAUGCCAGUGAGAGACCCUCGCCGGAGGCGAGUGCCGAGGUACUGGAUGGCGAGGCCGGACGCCGGGCCGGAGCCGAGCCCGACCACCAUGCCGCUCUCCACAAACCUGUCCACCUGAGGCCAGGCCAGGCCAGCCACCGAGCUCGUCAGAAUAAUAUACACAUGAUCCAAGCGUCAACGAGCUGAUGGAACAGUGGAGAAUCCCCUCACCGUGAGCUUGGCGGCGUCGAAGAGGCCGACGACGUCGGCGUCCGCGGCGGCCGCGCAGGUCACAGCACGUCUCCGGCUACGGCGGCGCACGGUGGCCGGUGCGACGUUGCCGAUGCGGCGGGGGCGUGGGCACGGGCGGAGCCGCGCCGAAGAGGAGCUCACGCUUGCCCCGGCAACGGCGUCCAUGGUUGGGCUGGUGCCUCAGCUUGCUGGCCUAGCGAGCUUGACAGUUGCAUACAUUGGAUGGAUGGCACAUUGACGAAGCGGAUAAGGGGUGCGAAGCAGGUGCAACACCAGCCUAUUGUCCUUGUUCUCCUCAGGCCUCAUAUGCUCGGUUGUGGAGUCACCGAUAGCUCUUUGCGGUAUAAAUACGUUCACUAAUCGAUUUGUACUCAAUUUACAUAUUCAUAUGUUUUAUACAAUGGUAGUUUGUACUCAAUUCACAUAUUCAUAUGCUUAUACAAUGGUAGGCUAGCAUUUGAAUA